AUGAAACUUACUACACUACCGAAGACCGUGGAGCCAGAUCCACAGCAGCUUAUCUGGUCUGAGCGUUUAAGAACAGACUUCCCACUCAAUGAGAUGCACGCAUUUAUUGAAGGCUCCACUGAUGCCUCAGUUCAUACACUUCGUUUGAUGCAGCAAAUCGAGAGAGAUCCUGUGCUUCAGGUCAAACCGGACUACUAUGAGCUGUCUCGUGAGGAACACCGGGAACUCACUGCCCAAAAGAUAGCACGCUUGGCCAAGUACAUGGAGCAGGACGCUCCAGAUUUCCAAACUUUCCAGGACAGGCUAAACUUAGUUGCACUCAUUGACCCGCAGUUGGGCACAAGAAUAGGUGUCCAUUUGGGGUUGUUUUUGAGUGCCAUCAGGGGAAACGGUACCGAGGAGCAAUUCAACUAUUGGGCGUUUGAAAGAGGCGCCGUUUAUAUGAAAGAUAUAUAUGGGUGUUUCAGUAUGACAGAAAUUGCACACGGGUCCAACGUUGCUGCCUUGCAAACGUUGGCAGAAUAUGACGUUGAGAAUGACGCUUUCAUCAUAACCACGCCUCACAUUGGUGCUACUAAGUGGUGGAUCGGAGGGGCUGCACACAGUGCCACACACACAGUUGUAUUUGCCCGUUUGGUCGUCAAGGGCAAAGAUUAUGGGGUCAAAACCUUUGUUGUCCCAAUCAGAGACUCAAAUCACGACCUUUAUCCCGGUGUUGCAAUUGGUGACAUCGGGGAGAAGAUGGGUCGGGACGGAAUUGACAACGGUUGGAUUCAGUUCACCGGCGUCAGGAUUCCAAGAGAGUACAUGUUGAGCAAGUUCACCAAGGUUGACCGUGAGGGUAACGUCGAAGAGCCACCAUUAGAGCAGCUUGCGUAUGGCGCAUUACUCGGUGGUAGAGUCACGAUGGUGACUGACAGUUGGAGAACAGGAGAACGGUUUGUUGCCAUAGCCAUAAGAUAUGCUGUUGGACGGAGACAGUUCACCGUUAAGGGUGAGACUGUCGAGAACCAGUUGAUCAACUACCCACUACACCAAAAGCGGUUGUUACCGUAUUUGGCAUGGGUUUAUGGGAUGAGUGUUGCGUCAAACCAAAUCCAAAAGGAUUACAAGGAUGUGUUGCAAAAAUUGGACGACGGUGUGAAAAGUGGGGACUUUGGACUUUUGAACAAGUCAAUUGAAGGUCUCAAGGGGUUGUUUGCCGACUCUGCAAGCUUGAAGAGCACAUGCACAUGGCUCACGGCCGAUUUGAUUGACGAAUGCCGUCAAAGCUGUGGUGGACAUGGGUACUCAGCCUACGCUGGUUUUGGCAAGGGCUAUGCGGACCACGUAGUUCAGUGCACAUGGGAGGGUGACAAUAACAUUUUAGCUCAGAACAGCGGAAGAAUCACCAUCCAGAAGGUUAUGGCUUUUGAAAAGAGCGGCAAGGUAUUCGGGUCUUCGGGAUACGCAUUCUUGAAAGACGCCAAGCGGGAGGGCGCCAUUCUUUCUAGCGAGUCUGAUUUGAAGGACUUGCAAACGUUGAAUUUGGCACUAAAGUCGAUUAUUUACAGAGUUGCCUUGAAAUGCAUUGGAGCAUUGCAGGAGAAUGGAAAGAACUGGGAUGUUAUUGCCAACGAAAAGCUAUCCUUGUCCAAGCUCUACGCAGCCGAGUAUAUUUUGGACAAGUGGAUAGCUAAGAUCAGUGAGACCCGGGACGCAGGGGUAAGAAAACAGCUAGAAAACCUUGCCCGUCUCUUUGCGAUCUCAAACAUCGACCGAUUCGGCGUCUACUUUUUGCAGCAAAACGUCAUUUCGCAGAAUUGCUACGACAUUAUGGAGCGCUACACUUACCAGGUGUUGCUAGAGGUCCGGCAAGAGGUGAUCGGCUUGACCGAUUCGUUCAAACUGAGCGAUUUCUUUAUCAACUCUGUUUUGGGCAAUUACAACGGGGACAUCUAUCACAACUACUUGAGCGUCGUCAAGAGCCUUGACACCACUGCCGCCACAGCUAAGGCGCCCUACGCCGGCGAGUUUUUGGCCAUGUUGAACAGAACUUCCGUUGAAUCACGUGAAAAGCAUCAAAGAAGCGAAGACGUUCUCUCCAAACUCCGCAGCGACUAA